AUGGGUGUAGAUUACUACAGCAUAUUGAAGGUGAACAAGAGUGCAUCAGAGGAUGAUAUGAAGAGAUCAUACAGAAGAUUGGCUAUGAAAUGGCACCCUGACAAGAACCCCAACAACAAGAAGGAAGCUGAAGCUAAAUUCAAGCAGAUCUCUGAAGCUUAUGAUGUGCUAAGCGACCCACAAAAGAGGGCAAUAUAUGACCAAUAUGGAGAAGAAGGGCUGAAUGAAAUCCCACCAUCUGGAUUCGGAAAUGGUCCAAAUGGAGCAAAUGGAUUCAAUUCCAGGAAUGCUGAAGACAUAUUUGCAGAGUUCUUCGGGAGCAGCCCGUUCGGGUUUGGUGGGGGACCAACAGGAGGUGUUGGUAGAUCAUCGUCCAGAUUCCAGUCAGAAAGCGUCGCAACCGCGACAAAUGGGAUGUUUGACGGCAGUAACAUGUUCAGAAGCGAAGGAACAACAACCACCACUGCUCCUAGAAAGCCUCCCCCUGUGGAGAGCAAAUUGUCAUGCACUCUAGAGGAGCUCUACUCUGGCUCCACCAGGAAAAUGAAGAUCUCCAGAACUGUAGUUGACUCCCAUGGGAGGCAAGCGCAAGAAACUGAGAUACUUACGAUAGAUGUGAAACCAGGAUGGAAGAAGGGAACAAAGAUAACAUUCCCAGACAAAGGGAAUGAGCAGCCCAACCAGCAGCCGGCAGAUUUGGUUUUCAUGAUUGACGAGAAACCUCACAAUGUUUACAAGAGGGAUGGGAAUGACCUAAUGAUCCACCAUCGGGUCACCCUGGCGGAGGCGUUGGGUGGGACCACAGCAAGCAUCGACACGUUGGAUGGUCGGACCCUGUCUGUUCCAGUGACAGACAUUGUAAGUCCUGGGUACGAGCUCGCCGUGGCGAGGGAAGGGAUGCCGAUAGCUAAAGAGCCUGGCAAUAGGGGAGAUUUGAUAAUCAAGUUCGAGGUCAAGUUUCCGACGAAGUUGACUAUGGAACAGAGGGCAGGGCUAAAGUGUUUUUUAGGGGGCUGAAGCAAAGACAAAUUGGGCGAGUUGGGAAAAUGUUAUGAUGUAUAGUCAAUGAAGGGUUGUAUAAAGCUACGUUCAUACAUCACUCUAGUUGUUGUGAGAUUAAACUUGUUUUUAUAUCCUAUUUUAAUCUCAUCUCCCUUUACUUUUGAUUCUAAUGUCCAUCCUUCUCCAGUACACACUUCUUAGGGCCAGUUCCCAUAGUCAUUUGUUUUCAGACAACUCCAAUGAAUACAAUGAUUAUUCUACCCUUUCUAAGUUGUGCAUAUUGACCAUUGAG